AUGAACGAGAAAGAAAAGCAGAAGGAUGGGAAGCAAGGGAAGGUGAAGGGCAGACCAAAGAGCUCAUCUGUAGGUUACGAGAUACAUAGGUUGAACAAGAAAUUGGAGCGCUAUGAAGGGACCGCAGACUUAAUUGACCCCGAAGACCUAAAGAAGAAUGUGAAGGGGAUUAUGUCACAAAAUGAUAGGCAUAAAGGGUAUGCACAGAGAAAAAUAAGAAAGAGUUUUAAUUCUAAUGAUAGGGGUGAUAUGGGUGAUGAUGGAAUUUGUUUUGAUUAUGACGAUGUAACGAACAUUGGCAAAGAAGCUUCUCAUAUUGCCGAGGCUGUUGCGCAAACAGAGAAGGAAGCAGAGAAAGGUGAAUGGCAAGAAAUAGAGGUUGCGAAUAUGGAGAAAUCCGUGCAUAGCGAGGAGGAUAAGAAAGAGCAAGAGAGAGAGGAUGAGAAGAAAGAGGAAGAGCAAGAGAUGGAGAUGAAAGAGGAAGAGAAGGAGGCAGCGAAGGAGGAAUGGGAAGAGAUGGAGGUUGAGAAUGUGGGGAAAGCUGUAGAUAGUGAGGAGGAUAAGAUAGAUGAAGAGAGAGAGAGGAGGAGAAGAAAGAGGGAGAGAAGGAAGGGGUAG